AUGCCUCGUGGUCAAAAGAGUAAGCUUCGUGCACGAGAGAAACGCCGUCAGACUCGAGAUGAGAACCGUAAUAAGGAGGUUCCUCGAUCAGCUGCAGAAGCGGCGGCAGCAGCAGCUGAAAAUGCACCCUCUGCUUCUGAAGAGCCAACUCAGAGCUCACCUACUGCUGGGUCUCCAAGUAGUUCCCAGGAGCUCCAAAGUACCCAAGGUACCACCACUUCUGAAGCUGCUGCUUCAGCCACAAGAGCUAGUGGCGAUGCCAGCUCCGCAGGGGAGGAAGGCCCAAGCUCUGAGAAGGCCUUUCCUGCCACUGAGAAUUUGUACAAAACCGCAGUAGAUAGGAAGGUGGUUAUGUUGGUCCACUACCUGCUGCACAAGUAUCAAAUGAAACAGCCCGUUACAAAGUGUCAAAUAUUGCGACAUGUACUUCAAAUGUACCGGAGAUCAUUCCCUGAGAUUCUAAGAAGAGCCGGUGAGCACUUGGAGUUGAUCUUUGGCCUUGACAUAAAGGAAGUGGAUACCAUCCAGCAUACCUAUGUCCUCGUCAACAAAAUGGAAUCAAGCUAUAGUGAAGGGAUGGGUGAAGACAUCGGUGUGCCCAAGACAGGUCUGCUGAUGACUAUCCUGGGUGUGAUCUUCACGAAUGGCAACUCUGCUUCUGAGGAGAAAGUCUGGCAAGUGUUGCAUAUAAUGGGCUUACGUGCUGGCAGGAAUCACUUCAUCUUUGGGGAGCCCAAGAAGCUCAUCACCAAAGAUUUCGUAGAGCAGAUGUACCUGGAAUACCAGCAGGUGCCCAACAGUGAUCCUCCAAGAUAUGAAUUCCUCUGGGGUCCCCGAUCCUAUGCUGAAACCACAAAGAUGAAAGUCCUGGAGUUCGUAGCCAAGAUCCACAAUACCACCUCGCGUGCUUUCCCCUGCUUGUAUGAAGAAGCUCUGAAGGAUGAAGAGCAGAGAGCCGAAGCCAGAAUGAAACCCAAGGCACAAUACCAGGCCUUGACCGGCAGUGUCUCCAGCCACAAGUGA